AUGGUCCAAGUAAAAGUGACUGAAGGAAUUCUUGAUGGAGAGAAAGUUUCCAGCGAAAUAUGUGGGACCUAUUACAGUUUUAAAGGGAUUCCUUAUGCUGCUCCUCCGGUGGGAAAUUUGAGGUUUAAGGCUCCGCAACCACCUAUCCCAUGGACCGGUAUCCGAAGUGCCAAAGAACUAGGUGGUAUUUGCUAUCAAUUUAACUUCUUGAAACGAGUGCGGGAGAAGGGUAGCGAAGAUUGCCUUUACCUUAACAUUUAUACUCCUAAUAUAAACCCAACAAAACUCAUGCCAGUAAUGAUUUGGAUCCAUGGAGGCGCCUUUUGUUGCGGCAGUGGCGAUGAUGACCUUUAUGGUCCUGAAUUCCUCAUCCGUAAUGGAAUCGUCCUAGUGACCAUAAACUACAGACUGGAAAUCCUUGGAUUCCUCUGCCUAGACACCGAAGAUAUUCCCGGUAACGCUGGCAUAAAAGAUCAAGUAGCCGCCAUGAGAUGGGUUAAAAAGAACAUCUUGAAUUUCGGAGGUGAUCCAGAAAAUAUCACCAUUUUUGGACAAAGCUCUGGGGCGGCUUGUGUAACGUAUCACUGUGUAUCACCAAUGACAAAAGGGCUGUUCAAAAGGGCUAUAGCUCAGAGUGGGUGUAUGAUGAAUCCUUGGGCUCAGAGCUAUAGACCACGUGAAAGAGCUAUUGCUCUAGCUAGACACCUGGGAUGUACUUCACAAGACGACAAAGAACUAUACGAAUUCUUCAAAUCCCAACCGGUUGAAAAUUUGGCAGAGAUUCAAGUAUGUUUAAUGAUGCGCGAAAAGGAUCCAGAUAAAUAUGAAACUCAAUUUACAGUGGUCAGUGAAAAAAAAUUUCCAGACCUAGAGGUAUUUUUUACUGGUGAUAUUAUAGAAGCACUCAAGACUGAUAUACAUGAUGGAGUUGAAUUGCUUCUAGGCUACAAUGAAGAUGAAGGGACAGUGAAUGUUAUUGCUGUCCUCGAUGUUGAUAAAAUGGUUCAUCAUGCCAACAGCUUUAUCGAAUACUUAGUCCCUAGACCUUUCUCUUUAUAUUGUAGUGUUCACGAUCAGAUAGAUAUUGGAAGGACGGUGAAAGAGCAUUAUUUACAAAAUAGACGAGUAACAACAAAACAUUUAGACGCAAUAUCGAAAAACCCAACUCCCGACAUUGGCCUUGGUAUCACCUGGAGGCAGUUCAAAGCUGAAACCCAAAACUACAUGGAGAUUGGCCAGACCCUGACAAGGCGCACGAUGCCGGAUAGAGACGAGCAACUGUUUUGGGGAGAACUCUUCAAGAAGUACUUACCACAGAUGCUAUUACCGGGAGAUAGAGAAUAA